AUAGUAUUGUAGGAAACUCUAUGGUUUAGGCAGCAGCGAGUCUGCGGUGAUCGGGAAAUCGGGGCUGUGACAGUUUCAAUUCGCCUGUACCACGAUUUGCACAGUUCAGCUACCAUGGGAUGUGACGGUGGCACAAUCCCACGUCGCGACGAGCUCGUCAGGACCAAACAGAAGCCCGAACAGAAAGACAAAGAUGCAGAGGCCGUGGCCAAGUGGAAACACUGCGCCAUCACGCAGGAAGAACUCAGAAUGCCCAUCGUAUCGUGUGAGCUCGGCAGACUGUACAAUAAGGAAGCUGUCAUCGAACACCUUCUCAGCAAGGAUGCGACUUGCGAGGCCGCCAAGCACAUUCGUUCGAUGAAGGACAUUGUGGAGCUGAAGCCCACCGAGAACCCUGGCUACAAGGGGCGCAAAGCCGACAAGGGUGACGAGUAUGUAGACCUCAGGGCUUCUAGGUUCAUCUGCCCGGUGGUUGGCCUGGAGAUGAACGGAAAGUACAGGUUUUGCUACCUCCGGCAGUGUGGCUGUGUGCUGUCAGAGCGCGCCCUCAAGGAAGUGAAAUCUGAAGUGUGCCACAAGUGUGCCAAGCCUUUUGAGGAAGAUGACAUUGUUGUACUCAACGGAUCGGACGAUGAUAUCGCUGUAUUGUCAGCACGAAUGGAGCUGCGUCGUGCGAAGGCAAAAGCUGAGAAGAAAUCAAAGAAGCGAGCAACAGACGGUGUGGAAGAUGGGAAGAAGAAAGUUAAAACAGAAAACGGAAGUGGCGAGAAGAAUUCUUCAGUUGUCAACGGUGGUGCGUCCACAAGCGGCGCUACGAAAUCUGAGGUCGGUGCUGCGACAAAAAUGAUUCUUCCGGAAAAAGCACGCCAAGGGUACAGCAUUGCCAAGGACCCAAACACAAGCGAGGCGUUCAAGUCCUUGUUCACCUCCCAUCCCAAGGCUCUCAAUCAACCGAAGCCUCACUGGGUUACACACAACCCGUUGUUCUACUAAACAACUGUACAUAUUUUGCGGGUCAAAGUUGUGAACUGAUGGCACGUCUUCAGAAGAUAUGUGAAAGCACGCAGUGAUUAUUAAAACAGAAGUGAAGCCGA